AUGAGUACGAAGAUUAUCAAGCCUGGCGGCGUUGAAGCCGACAACUUUGAGACUUCGAUCUCUCAGGCGCUGGUUGAACUUGAGACCAAUUCGGACCUCAAGGCUCAACUUAGGGAGUUACACAUAACUAAGGCUAAAGAAAUUGAACUACACAAUAAAAAAUCAAUCAUCAUCUAUGUGCCCAUGCCCAAGCUGAAGCAUUUCCAAAAGAUCCAGAUCCGUUUAGUCCGUGAGCUUGAAAAGAAAUUCAGUGGCAAACAUGUUGUGUUCAUUGGUGACAGAAAAAUCCUGCCCAAGCCCAGCCACAAGACUCGUGUUGCUCACAAGCAGAAGAGGCCUAGAUCUAGAACACUAACAUCAGUAUAUGAUGCUAUCCUAGAGGAUCUAGUGUUCCCCGCUGAGAUUGUUGGCAAGAGGAUCCGGAUCAAGCUGGACGGCUCUCAAGUCAUCAAGGUGCACUUAGACAAAAACCAGCAGACCACCAUUGAGCACAAGGUGGACACCUUCCAAUCAGUAUACAAGAAGCUGACGGGGCGUGAAGUAACAUUCGAAUUCCCCGAACCCUACUUGUAA